AUGAGUCUUGGGGAUGAGAUUGGGCUGAUUGCUAAUUGUGAAACAUUUUCCAAUUUGGAAAUUUUGGCGAUUUCUUCACACAAGUUGGGCAAUGCAGGUCUGUCAGAUAUUUUUAACAGCCCAUUUUUGAAAAAACUCAAAACCCUUACUUUGUCUAAUAAUGAGUUUAAUAAUUUUGGAAUUGCUAGUUUAGGGACAUUCAACUUAUGUAAUUUAAGUGAAUUAACAUUGGAUUUUGAACAUGUAAAAACAGAAGACAUUCAACUAAUGUGCAGGAACCAGCUUUUUUCUAAUUUGAGAAAGCUUGUCCUUAAAAUUUGGAUACAAGAACAGGAUUUUUCAAAUAUACUUACUAAUUCUGUCUGGGUAAAUUUGAAAGAAUUGGAAUUCUCUUGUUAUAGAAUUGAAGAUAGGGAUAAAGUCUUGAAUAUCAAAUGCACUCUUCAACUGGAAAAGUUAAAAAUCCAUGCUUCGAACUUGGAAGUAUGUAGAGCAUUAGUCAACAAUAAGACUAUUUCUAGGUCUUUGAAAUAUCUGGAUGUAGGAGGAAUUAACGGGUACCAUGACAACCCAAAAGAUAAGAGAAACGUUGCCGAGAUUAAGGCAUCUAUAGAAACAUUUAUUUUCAUGUUUAAUGAUUUUGUCUUUUAG